AUGUCUGGAGUACCGGAACACCAGAAAGUGUUUAGCGUACAAGGAACCCUGUAUACUGUACGCAAGUGUAUUGGUACCGGAGGCACCUCAGUAGUGUAUGAAAUUAAUGACAAAAACAACUGUUCUUUUGCGCUCAAGAGGGUUGAUAUCCAUGGCAAUCCAGCGCCGCUCAACUCUCUACGGGGUGAAAUUGAGCUACUCCAACAUUUGAGUUCAGAAGCCCGAGUUGUUCAGCUGAUUUCCUAUGAAAUUACAGAGAAAUCGCUGAUGCUUGUUAUGGAGUUAGGAGAAAUGGAUCUAAGAGUUCUACUCAAGCAUAACGAUUUUGGUCUGAAUACCGCGUUUAUAAGGUACUGGGCCACGGAGGUGUUCCUUUGCGUCAAGGCUGUUCAUUCGUACGAAAUUGUCCACAGCGAUCUCAAGCCCGAGAAUUUUUUGGUGGUAAAAGGACAUCUCAAGAUCAUUGAUUUUGGCAUAGCCAACAUUGUACCCGACUACACAGUGAAUGUUCAUCGUGAUACCAAAAUGGGGACUGUGAGUUACAUGGCGCCUGAAGCCGUCUGUGGUCAAACCACCUUCCAGGGUCCUGACUUCAAAGUCGGAAAGCCUACGGACAUCUGGAGUUGUGGGUGCAUUCUCUAUAAAAUGGUUUAUGGUUGCACGCCGUUAGAACAGUAUGGUCGACAGCAAUUGGCAGUAUUGGAGUCGGAAUCACUUCAGAUCAACUUCCCCAAGGUUGUAAAGAGUCGACGGAUACCGAAAGGUUUAUUAGAAUUAAUGCACGGCUGUCUGAUAAGAGAUCCCAAAAAGCGCCUGACCGCCGAAGAAGCUCUGCAGGGGAUCUUUUUGAACCCGCGGAGCGUAGAUUUUGAAUUUAUCCAGGACCUCAUUGUCAAGUCCGUGGCGUGGGGUCAGAAGUUCAAGUCGGAGCCCACCACAGAGCGGCUGCACGACCUGAUCCAGGGUGUUUGGACAAAAGUUAUUGAACUAAAUGAUAUGGACUUGGAGCCAGAGCCAGAACCUCACCCUGAUCCGCCCGCAAAUUAA